AUGUGGGCUAAGUUCAGAGCUUCCAAGAUCAAGAAAGAUCAUAAAGUUUACUCGAAAUCAUCGGUUCGCGGCGACAGAGGGCUGAAUCUCAGCGAGGAAUACCACAGAACGCUGCGAACGCAAUCCUACGUGGCGUUCUUCAGCAAAGCUCAAAUCAUGGCCAACCAUCAUCACGAUCGAACCCCUGAAGAAGAAGAAGAAGAAGAUCCCAUCCUCCUCCUCCUCCUCGAGCCAGAGCAAACCUCCAUCCCUGCAAUCCUCGAAUCCGCCGCGGUCCUCUCGAAGCUCCCGGAACUCACCCCUUACUUCCGCGACUUCUUCGACUCAACCGCCGAGGCCUCGCGAAUCUGCAGCGGGCUGCUCGCCAGCGUAGCGCGAACACACGCCACCCGCCGGUUCGCCCACCACCUGUUCGACGAAAUUCCCCUGAGACCGGCGGAAACAGAGUCCCGCGCCGUCUGGGAGCUCACCGCGUACAUCGCGGAAGCGAACAAUCCGUUCUCUUGCCCCGACGGAGAUCUCGAUUUCGGGAGCAUCCGCGAGGGCUACGCCGCCGUACUGGAGAGGCUGAAAUCGAAGCGGAGGAAGGUGGCGAGGAAGAUUAAAUUGGUGGAGUGUGUGAACAGAGGUACGGGGAUUUCGAUCACGGCGGCUUGCGGCGUGCUGGCGGUGACGGCGGCGGUUCUGGCGGCGCAUACGCUGACUGCGUUCGUGAUGGGACCGCUGGCGGUGGCGGGCGGGUUUAAUCCGGUGAAGAAGUUGGUCAGCAGAGUUAUGAGGUUUAAGAUAAUGACGAGCGCCGAAUUCUUGAGAAAGCUGCGACGACAACUGGACAUGGCCGCAAAAGGAGUCUACAUACUGAACCGUGACAUGGACACGGUGAGCCGGCUGGUGGCCAGGCUUUACGACGAGGUGGAGCAUGGAAAGGAGAUGGCGAGGUUCUGGUUGGAGAAGGGCAAAAACCCGAGCGAUCGGACUCUGUUUUGUUCGCAAGUGGUGAACGAGAUGAAGAGGAGGGAUGUCAAGUUCAGGAAGCAGGUUGACGAACUGGAAGAGCUCAUGUGUCUGUGCCUUCUCACCAUUAACAGAGCUCGAGGCUUGGUUGUCGAGGAGCUUACGAGAUCUGCUGGAAGCUCUACUAUGUAGAAAAA